UCUGGAGAGGUGACCACCGGCGGAUCCCUGAGCACAUUUUUACCCGACUAUGUCAGAUAAAUAAAUCAGGUCACAAUUAGCUGCUCCAUCUGACAGAACAUGGCUCUUAUUUCCAAGCGGGCGAGGAGGAGGAGGAGGUGGUGGUGAGCGCGGCGGCGGUGGAAGCUCAAGAUAGAAGCGCUUUUCUGGGAGGUGUAGGGAGGGAGCGAGGAGAGGUGGGGAGGGGGGGCCCACGGCGCUCUCUUGUCUUGUAAGAGGAUAAAGAGAAAAGGGAAAUCGGGCUAUUUUAAAGCGGACUGUCCAGGCUCCGGUGACACCAUGACCAGCGGGCCGGAUGAGAGCUCGGUGCGCGUCGCCCUGAGGAUCCGUCCUCAGCUGGCCAAAGAGAAGAUUGAGGGAUGUCACAUCUGUACGUACGUGAUGCCCGGGGAGCCCCAGGUGGUCCUGGGUAAGGAUAAAGCCUUCACCUAUGACUACGUCUUUGACAUGGACACCCAGCAGGAAGCCAUCUACACCCACUGCACCGAGACGCUCAUCGAGGGCUGCUUUGAGGGCUACAACGCCACCAUCUUCGCUUAUGGACAGACGGGUUCGGGGAAGACCUACACCAUGGGAACCGGCUUUGACGUCAACAUCGGAGAGGACGAGCUGGGCAUCAUUCCCCGGGCCGUCAACCACCUGUUCAGGGGGAUCGAGGAGCGCAGACAGGCUGCCACCGAGCAGGGCAGGCCAGUCCCUGAGUUCAAGAUCAACGCACAGUUCCUGGAGCUGUACAAUGAGGAGGUGCUGGACUUGUUUGACUCGACUCGAGACAUCGAGGCCAGGAAACAGAAGUCCGGCAUCAAAAUCCACGAGGACGCCAAUGGAGGCAUCUACACCGUGGGGGUCACCACCCGCACCGUUACCUCUGCAGCCGAGAUGAUGCAGUGUCUAAAACUGGGCGCUUUGUCUCGUACCACCGCCAGCACCCAGAUGAACGUCCAGAGUUCACGCUCUCAUGCCAUCUUCACCAUCCACCUGUGCCAAGUCCGGGUCUGCUCUCCUGAUAAUAACGACAAUGUAACAGACAACCGUUUAGCUAACGACUCAGAGAUUAAUGAGUUUGAGACGCUGACGGCCAAGUUCCACUUCGUGGACCUGGCUGGUUCAGAGAGACUGAAGAGAACCGGAGCUACUGGAGACAGAGCGAAAGAGGGCAUCUCCAUCAACUGUGGGCUGCUCGCCCUGGGAAACGUCAUCAGUGCGCUGGGUGACAGGAGUAAACGCUCCACUCAUGUGCCUUAUAGAGACUCCAAACUCACACGGCUGUUACAGGACUCACUAGGUGGAAACAGUCAAACCGUGAUGAUUGCCUGCAUCAGCCCGUCAGACCGGGACUUCAUGGAGACUCUGAACACCCUGAAGUACGCCAACCGAGCACGGAACAUCAAGAACAAGGUGAUGGUGAACCAAGACCGAGCCAGCCAGCAGAUCAGCGCUCUGAGGACUGAAAUAGCCCGACUGCAGAUGGAGUUGAUGGAGUACAAGACGGGAAAGCGAAUGGUGGGUGAAGAUGGGAUGGAGGGCAUCAACGACUUGGUUCACGAGAACUCCAUGCUGCAGACAGAGAACAACCACCUGAGGGUGCGGGUGAAGGCCAUGCAGGAGACCAUCGACGCUCAGAGAGCCAGACUUACACAGGUCCUGAGUGACCAGGUCAACCAGGCUCUGACUAAAACAGGUGAAGGUAAUGAAGAAAUCGGAAACAUGAUUCAGAACUACAUCAAAGAAAUUGAGGAGCUCAGAGCUAAACUCUUUGAAAGCGAGGCUGUGAACGAGAACCUCAGGAAGAACCUGUCUCGAGCCUCCACUCGCUCCUCGCUGUACGGAGGGCCCGGCUCCUUCUCCCCGGCCCUGCUCGCCCCUGAGAAGGAAGCCAGCGACGUCAUCAUGAUGGCCAAGAAAGACUUGGAGAAACUCAAGAAGAAGGAGAAGAAAAAGAAGAAGAGGCUGAGGCGAUACGAACAGAAUCAGCACCAAGAGGUUGAACCUGCCAGCAUUAUCAAAGAGGAAGUCCCAGACAAUGACCAGGAGCGAGGCAAUGAGGAGGCAGAGGUGGAGGGCAGCGAUCACGAAGAAGGUGAGGAUGCAGAUGGGGAGGAGGAGGACUUUGACAUGGCGGGGGAAGACUCGUCUGAUGAGUCUGACUCUGAAGAACUGGAGGAAAAAGAAAACGUCCAGGCUGACCUGGCCAACAUCACGUGCGAGAUCGCCAUCAAGCAGAAGCUGAUAGACGAGCUGGAGAACAGCCAGCGGCGUCUGCACACGCUCAAACAGCAGUACGAGCAGAAGCUAAUGAUGCUGCAGAACAAGAUCAAAGACACACAGCUGGAGAGGGACAAGGUGCUGCACAACAUGGGUUCAGUGGAGUCGGGUACUGAGGAGAAGGCCAAGAGGAUCAAAGCUGAGUAUGAGAAGAAGCUGAGCUCCAUGAACAAAGAGCUGCAGAAGCUCCAGUCAGCUCAGAAGGAGCACGCCCGCCUGCUGAAGAACCAGUCACAGUAUGAGAAACAGCUCAAGAAGCUCCAGCAGGACGUGACCGAGAUGAAGAAGACAAAGGUGGCACUGAUGCGUCAGAUGAAGGACCAGCAGGAGAGGAACAGGGCCACAGAGUGCAGGAGAAACAGGGAGAUCGCCUCUCUGAAGAAAGACCAGCGCAGAGCCGAGCACCAACUGAAGCAGCUCGAGGCCCAGAAGAGACAACAGGAGCUGAUUCUACGCAGGAAGAACGAAGAGGUGACAGCUCUCCGGCGGCAGGUGAGGCCCGUGUCUGGGAAGGUGAGCAGGAAGGUGAGUUUACCUGAGCCUCUCCAGGAGCCGUCGCAUCGAGCCACACCGGGAAGGCUGCAGACCUCGGGAGCGUCCCAAUCCAAUGGAGCCAGGAGUUCCCCGGUGCGGAUGAGAAGCAUGUACCUCAGCAGGACAGCCAGGGCCAAAUGGCAGUCACUGGAGAGACGUGUCAGUGACAUUAUCAUGCAGAGGAUGACCAUCUCUAACAUGGAGACGGAUAUGAACCGACUACUGAAGCAACGUGAGGAGCUGACCAGGCGGAGGGAGCGAGUGUCCAGAAAGAGAGAGAAGAUGGCGGUGGACGGCGCAGACGCUGACCGCUCCCUGGCCUCCCUGAACGAGGAGCUGGAGUCCCUGAGCGCCAACAUCGACUACAUCAACGACAGCAUUGCCGACUGCCAGGCCAACAUUAUGCAGAUGGAGGAAGCCAAGGAGGAAGGAGACACGGUGGAUGUUGCUGCGGUGAUCAGCUCCUGUAAUUUAUCAGAGUCCCGUUUCCUUCUGGACCAUUUCAUGACUAUGGCCAUCAAUAAGGGUCUGCAGGCAGCUCAGAAGGACUCUCAGCUGAAGGUUAUGGAGGGCAGGCUGAAGCAGACAGAGAUUAACAGUGCCACCCAGAACCAGCUGCUGUUCCACAUGCUGAAGGAGAAAGCUGAGAUCAACCCGGAGCUGGACGCCCUGCUGGGCAGUGCUCUGCAAGAAAAUGGAGAUGACAGCAGUAGCGAUGAGUCCACCCCCAGCCCAGCCACAGAGGGCAGCACACUUGCAUCAGAUCUAAUGAAGUUAUGUGGUGAAUCCAGACCGAGGAGUAAGGCUCGCAGGAGGACCACCACCCAGAUGGAGCUGCUAUAUGCCGGCAGCGGGGAUCUAUCCUGCGAAUCCCCCACUGGAGACUUUUCGGCCCCUCUGCUGCCCCUCUCAGAGCGCCUGGAAGGGCCGGCAGACAUGCAGGGUCACGCUGUUGGUCAAACCCCUGACCGCGAGCAAACUGUUUCCCCAUCUGCGGUGUCUGCCAGGCCAGCUGGCAUAUCUGGAUCCAGGUCCCCUACAGGGACUGAGAGGAGGCAACUGGAGCGCUCGCCCCUCAACCGAAGGAAGAUGCAAGACAAAGGACCCACAGCGACACACAUCCCAGCACCUACACACACACCUCCUAUUAGCACAGCAGAAGCUAAAACUAAAGGCAGUGACUACAAAACACUGCUGGACGAGUCACCUGUAUUUGAGGGCCACAGAGGCGUGAUCAACCCUGUGACGACUCCUAAGAACAGCCGAGGCGCCAAACUUCAGUGUGUCUACGUAGCUGAGGGCCACACCAAGCCUGUUCUCUGCGUGGAUGCCACUGAUGAUCUACUCUUCACAGGAUCCAAAGACCGGACUUGUAAAGUCUGGAACUUGGUGACGGGUCAAGAGAUAAUGUCUCUAGCAGAUCAUCCCAGCAGUGUUGUCUCAGUCAGGUAUUCUUCUAGUCUCGUCUUCACUGUUUCCACUGCUUACAUCAAAGUCUGGGACAUACGAGAUUCUGCCAAGUGUAUACGCACGCUUACGUCGUCUGGCCAGGUGGGUUCAGGGGACACCUGUUCCUCUGUCAGGAGCUUAUCCAUCCCUCCGGGAGAGAGCCAGAUCAACCAGAUCACCCUCAACCCUUCUGGCUCAUUCCUUUAUGCUGCCGCUGGCAAUGCUAUCCGCAUGUGGGACCUCCGCAAGUUUGUGUCCACAGGAAAGCUGACUGGUCAUUUGGGACCUGUCAUGUGUCUGACUGUUGAUAAGUUAGAUAAUGGACAGGAUGUUGUCCUCACUGGCUCCAAAGACCAUCAUAUUAAAAUGUUUGAGGUGGCAGAAGGUUCUCAAGGCAGCAUCAGCUGCAGCCAUACGUUUGAGCCCGCUCAUCAGGACGGCGUGGAGUCCCUGGCCGUGCACGGAGACGUUUUUUACAGCGGCUCCAGAGACUAUUACAUCAAAAAGUGGGACUUAGCCACUAAACAGCUGCUAAAGCAGUCGGCCAGUGCUCAGGCUGACUGGGUUAGCGCUCUGGGCGUGGUGCCAGGCUCCCCGGUGCUGCUCAGCGGAUGCAGAGGGGGGCUGCUGCGCCUUUGGCACACCGACUCACUAGCACCCCUCGGUGAGGUCCGGGGACACGACAGUCCCAUUAAUGGCCUGGCCACCAACAGCAGCCAACUCUUCACUGCCUCAGAUGACCGCACAGUGAAAAUCUGGGAAGCCAAAGGAUCUCUGGAGGAAGGAGUCCACUGACACCUGAUCCUUGAUAAUCACACAUCAGACCUGAAUGCAAGCAUUCAGGUCAGGCCUUCAACCAAUCAAAGAGAAUCUGGCAAACUGUGAAUCAGAGCCCCAGAAGAAAAGAUCAUUAAACAACAGUGAUCAUUUACUGAUAUUUUAGGUCAAGGUGGAUCACCACAAACUCAGUGGAGCCUCAUGAGUUUCCAGUAGAGCUCCAAAGACCACAGAACAGCUGCAGUGAACAGCACCUUUCACUACUGUGACAGAACAUAAUAUAAUGAAAGUAAAGCUAUGGAUUUAUGGAUCGUGGUAAAUCGAUCCAGGAGUCUCUCUUGUGCUUUCAACAUUCCUCUCGUCAGUUCAGCGCAAGACAACAUGGAUACCUUCGUAUACAUAUAGUGAAUUAUGCUGCAGCUGCUGAGGCUUGCUUCCCUGCACCAAUUGUUGUCCAUCAAAACCGAGACUGCUAAAAAAAAAAAGUCUGUGUACCAAGACAAGUGUUUUCAAGUCCUUUGAAUCUUCUGCUCACCAGCAAUGCGAGUCUAUCCUGUGUGUAUGUGUGUGUUCACAUGAUGUUGGUGUGUUUUGUCUUCCUGUCAUUGGUCUCCAAGCCAUCUCAGGUAUGUGUGUGUGUGUGUGUUCCCUGUAACCAAGGACCAAAUAACUACUGAGGUGGUGUAUGGACUUGUUCUUCAGCUGUUACUGCCAAAAAGAGGCUUCUACAUAAAACAUGAUAUGAUCCCGUGACAAUUAACAAAUUUUCCACUUCAAAUUUCUGUAUUUCUUUUCCAGAGUUAAGUCAGUGUUCAUUAAAUCUCUAUAAAAGAUAAUGUGUAUAAUGGCUGAACAAUAUUCCUACACACUGCCAUAUAAAAGCAGAGAGCAGUAAAACCCUGCUUUAAUCUGUGAUAUAGCCUGUUGAACCCCAGGCAGAAUAGCUGUUACAUCCAGAUUAAAAUGUGUUUUUAAAAGUGUUUCCACAGCUUGGACAUUUCAGACUGAGGUUUCCUUUUUGUCAGCGGUCAGCUGGGGUUUUCUGGUUUUCGGUAUUCUCUGGUUGAUACACGAACAGCUUUGUACCCUUAAGUGGUGUUUUACUUUCCCGUGCUUUCCUGUCAGCACGCUCCCCUCUGGCUUCUCUGACCUGCAUCUCUUAGGACUCUUAGGCGCACAUUUCCUCGCUUCCAGGAUUUCGAUUCUUCAAAUGAAAAGGUUACCCACUGAGUAUUUACUUUCUCUGACCUUUGGUGGCUGUGCAGCAAUUUUUAAAAACUGAAGUACCGCUCUGGCAACAAGUGCUUUUAGGGAGCUUUUGCUGGACUCAUACAACAUGUAGUUUAACAGCUGAGCUGAAUGAGACUUUGAUGGGAGGUGGUUUCUAAUCAGAAUAAUGUGAAUGUAAAUCAUUCAUGCUGAUGCAAUCAAGCACCUUGUAACUCUUAAGUCAUGGAACAUGACUUUUGUGAAAGCUGUUCCUGAAAGAUUUGUGUGCAUGUGUGUGUUUUUCGGUCUAAAUGAUAUGAUAGGUCCUCAUUCCGUUCUGCGUGUACAGUGAUGUUCACCUCUGCUGUCUCAGCAUCAGUCUUUUGAAUUGAGUGUAAAAAAGCUACUAUUUAUUUUUUUGCUGUCGUGUCUUCCAUAUCGGAGACUUUGAACUCAUUCCCAUCUAAUUCCUCAUCAUAGACGAUGGACUGUGCAGGAAUUAUGGGAUCGAUUUCUCCAUAAUCAGAGGUGUAUUUUCAGUGCCUGUUAUAAGUCCUAAAUAGUAGGUAUCAACUAUAGAAUUGCUACCUAAUAAAUGUGGACUACCCCUCAUUAAAAUGUUCAGGUAACCAAUAUAUCAUGAACAGUCAAACAUUGAAAUUCAUUGGAAAAACACUUGCUGCUCUGGUUUGGAUACUGCAGGUAGACACUGUUAGCAAAGUCAACGGGACUAAAAUAAUUGCACUGAAAAAAAUCACUAUUGCAACAUUAAAGAAGUUUCGCCAUCUGACUCACAACCCAGUUUACACAACAGUGAAAUAAAGUAAGUUACAGAAAAUGGUUUUCGGUCCCAUUGGCUUGCAAAUUGUUAAAGAAAUUAUCCCAAAAAGAAACAAUGGGCUGUUGAGUGUUCCUAAUUCAUGAUGAAUCUUAAUGAUCCCUCUAAUUGCAGUUGUAUCUUAUUUUGAAAUGUAUCUGUAAAUCUACUCGUGUGUAAAUACUUUUUUCUUUCUGCUGA